AUCUCGUUACUAAAAUCUGUGAUUUGCAGAGCUUUUUCUCAACUCUUCCCAGUUACUUCCAAAGUCCAAACCCCUAAAUAUAUACUUAUAACCACAUUUCCUAUCCACCAUUUCUAUAUUUCCCCUCUCUCUUGUAUAUAUUUAUAUUUAUCUUCUGACUUGUGUGUCUACACAUUAAUACCCGAGAAGCCAUGGCAGUGAAAUUAGGUACCCACAUCAAGAAUGGAUUGUGAAGGAAGCAAGGCACAUUGCAAAUGGGAAAGGUUGGGGAAGAACAGCCUAUACCCACAAGUGUUUCUGCACAAAAUGCAGAGAAUUGUUGUAGGAUUAAAGGGCUUUUUGGGUUCAGAUGUGUGUUUGUUUUGCUACUUGGUGUUGCAGUUUUGUUGUCUGCUGUUUUUUGGUUACCACCAUUCUUUAGUCAUGGAGAUCGAGGGGAUCUAGAUCUUGCUUCACUCUUUCGAGAUCAUUAUAUAGUAGCAGCUUUUAAUGUUGGAAAACCGGUUUCUGUGCUUGAAGACAACAUCAUGCAGCUUCAAGAUGACAUUUUUGACGAAAUAGGCGUACCUGCCACUAAAGUGGAAGUUAUAUCUUUAAAACCUUAUGCUGGAUCAAAUGUAACAAAGGUCAUCUUUGCCGUUGAUCCUGAUGUUAAAGGCGCUAAGCUUAAUACAGCGGCUAAAAGUUUGAUAAAGGCCUCCUUUGCAUCUCUAGUAAUUAACCAGUCAUCCCUCCGCUUAACUACAUCUUUGUUUGGGGACCCAUCUUCUUUUGACGUGCUGAAAUUUGUUGGAGGCAUCACUGUUAUUCCGCCCCAGCGUGCAUUUCUUCUGCAAACAGUGCAGAUACUUUUUAACUUCACGUUGAAUUUUUCUAUUGAUCAAAUACAAGAUAACUUCAGCGAACUUACCAGCCAGCUGAAGUCAGGACUGCAUCUUGCCCCAUAUGAGAACUUGUAUAUUAGCUUGACAAAUCAAAAAGGUUCAACAGUGGUGUCCCCAACUACAGUGCAGUCUUUAGUUCUCCUAGCAGUUGGGAAUACUCCGUCACUUGGAAGGCUAAAGCAGCUGGCUCAGACCAUCACAGGUUCUCCUACCAAAAAUCUUGGUCUAAACAACACUGUUUUUGGGAAGGUUAAACAAGUAAGCCUUUCAUCUAUAUUACAACACUCCCUCCAUGGCAGUGAUGGCUCACCAUCCCCCUCUCCCGCACUUUCGCCUCAACCUCCCGACCACCACCACCAUCAACAUCACCAUUAUGACCAUUCUUCCCCAGCUCCUGUGCCUGAACCUUACCAGCAUCACCAUCACGGCCACCGCCGCCGUCACCAUCACCACCACCGUCGCCAUGACCAUGAUGUACAUAUAUCUCCAGCACUUUCACCUGUGGAAGGUGGAUCCACAAGUACAACAGGUUCGCCUGCAUCUGCUCCUUCACCUGCAAAUAAGAAGAGCCACGUGGCAGAUCCUCCUGGCUGCCAGAAUGGGUACAGAAACAGGCCCCCCAGAAAUGCAAACAAGCAUAGUCAUAUAAUUUCUCCUGCUGCGCCACCGACCUCUGCACAUCAUAUAUCCCCUUCACCGCAGCAAGUGAAGCCACCUGCGCGUGUCCCCCACCUAAUACCUUCAUCAAGCCCAUUGCCACAUGUUGUAUACUCUCACAGAUAUCCCCCACCUACGGGUGGCUCCGAUACAAAAUCUCCCGACUGGCCACCGUCAAUAUCACCUUCACAAUCUUCAUGUUCCCUUCCUUCUCAUAAUUGGUGGAUCCUGCUUUUUCCUGUCCUUGUAUUACAUCUAUAGCAGCAUAAAACGAGAGCUCUAAUUUUAAAGCCAUAAAACGAGUCUCUCUCAUGUUGGAAACAAGUUUGUAUUAAUGAUUCCGCCCAAAUGGACAGAGAUCAGACGAGCUUUGCAAGUGGGAGCCAUGCAAAAAGAGCGUGCCUCACAGCUAAGUGGAUAUGUGUGUGUUGUGCAUGUAAAUAUUUGAGUAUGUAAAAUAUCAGUUGGUAGAGAUGUUUUUUUCAGGUCAAAGUUACAGGCUUGUGACGGGCCACUGAAAAAAUGCAUUACCACUGAUUCGUUCUAGUUCUCUCGAGAAAAAUUGAGGGAACCAACAAAUGUAAUCAUGUUGCCAUUUUGCUCCGAGCUAUGAAAUUUUUACCACUAAA